UUUAGUGACCGUAGUGUCCGGUUUUUAUGGCGAGUCGGUGAAAAAAAGGACAGCAGCAUGUCUCUCGUUGAUCAAAUUUACGACGGUAUGAAAGACGAUAUCGAAAUUAUCGAGCGCGACGGCUACGAUAAGAGUGACAGUGAAAUCGACCAGUUUUUCGCCGGGCAAACGCUUUUCAUCAGCGGCGUGACCGGCUACCUUGGCAAAUGUCUGCUGGAAAAAUUACUGCGGAGCUGCUCCGAUAUCAGACACAUCUACAUUCUCAUGCGAGAGCACAAAGGGAAGUUACUGGAAGAGCGCAUGGAAAAGUACUUUGACAACGUGGUUUUCAAACGACUGAGGGAGGAACAUCCCGAUUUCAAAAGUAAGGUCACGAUCGUAAAGGGCGACUUGAUGGCCGAAAACUUGGGAAUGUCGGACGAAGACCGCGCGACGAUCCAGGACCGGGUGAGCGUCAUCUAUCACAACGCGGCGAACGUGAAAUUCGACGUGAGAGCCAGCGUCUCGCUGAGAUGCAACGUCCUCGGCACCAAGAAGAUGCUGGAGCUCGCGCGAGACUGCGCCAACUUGAAAGUGUUCGUGUACGUGUCGACGGCCUACUCGCAUCUCUACAAGAAGGACAUCGAGGAGCAGUUCUAUCCGCCGCCGGCCGAUCUGCAGGCCGUCCAGGAAGCGAUCGAGGCGGACGAGAGAACCGAGGGCGGCCUACCGGAGGACCAACUGCAGGCGCUCAUCGGCAAAUUCCCGAACAUCUAUCCCUACUCAAAGGCCAUCGCCGAAGAUCUGGUCAGGCAGUACGCGAGCAACGCCAAAUUCGCGCACGCGAUCUACAGGCCGAGCAUCGUUGUGUCGGCGUACAAGGAGCCACUGCCCGGCUGGUGCGGCAACACCAACGGCCCGGUUUACAUCUUCCUGGCCGCGGCUCUGGGCUUCAUUCGUGCCGUUUACCACUACUGCCUGCCGCUGGACUUCGUGCCCUCCGACCUGUGCAUCAACGCGCUCAUAGCCGUCACGCGCGACGCCCACGUGCAGUGGGACAAGCACCAACGCCAGCCCGUCGUCUACAAUUACGGUAGCAGCACGGUCAAUCCCAUAACCUUCGUGAUGAUCAGAGAUCUGUUCGACAAGGUGAUACCUCCGAACGAGAGAUCCGUCAAAGCGGUGUGGCUAAACCACCCGCUACUCAUCGACCGCAUGUGGCUCUUUUACCUUCUGCACUUCCUGUUGCAUUUCCUACCGGCCUGCAUGAUCGAUUUCAUCCUGUUGCUGUCUGGCAAAAAGCCGAGGGUUCUCGCUAUAUUCUGGAAAGCGACGCAACACUUGGACAAAAUCGAUUACUUCGGCAACGGUAACUGGAAAAUACACAUGCCGAGAACGCUCCAAGUUAUUGACAAGAUGAACGCAGCUGAUCGAGACAUAUUUUACUGCGACAUUCGCAAUUUCUCGUGGGAGGAACACACGAGAAUCACCUGGCGUGGAUUGAAGCUUUACAUCUUAAAGGAAGAGAUCGUCAGCGAAGCUGCUGAGCGUAGAUACUACGUUCUUUGGUAUCUGCAUUACGGUUUCAUCACGCUGUGUCUUUUGGCAAUAUUCUACAUGUUGUGGGCUCUGAUCAAUCUCGUUUUAUAAAUCUUCAACAUGCUUCCUUUAUUUCGUCGUUUGUGCGUUAUGCCGCUUCUUAUUGCAAAUAAGUGUAAAGAUAUACAAAGAUAUGAAGAUAAUCGAUCUUAAUGAAACGCAGUAAAUUUCGCUUCAAAUGUACUUAAUUAUAAAACUGCGAUAGGCUCAAACGAUUGAAUCUAAUCAAUUCAAGAGUUCUGAUUCUGGGUUGCAGACCCUUACUGCUCAAAAAAUGUGUAAAAAUCCUUGUAUAAAGUAUAUUACACCAUUUACAAUCAACUUGUCUGUAAACUAUCAAAUAUUACUAAAAAAAAAGUAGUAAAACAUUUCUUUUU